AUGGGAGGUUUGUUAGCUAGUAAAAUGUAUGAUACUGCAAAGGGAAUUGUUAUUAAUCUCAUUUCAAUGAUUGAUGAGUUUGGCCAUGUUUUGAAUGGUGCCAGAUCUUAUUACACCAACAGAAGUCAGCCUCCCCUUUUGAGUUCCAUGGUUUAUGAUAUAUACCUUAGGACAGUAGAUUUAGAGUUCGUGAGAAAUGCACUCCCUGCUUUAAUCAAAGAGCAUAAGUUUUGGAAUUCAGGAUUCCAUUCAAUUACUAUCCAGGAUGCUCCUGGUGGAAAUGGAUAUCACUCUUUAUCUAGAUACUAUGCAAUGUGGAACGAGCCGAGGCCGGAAUCGUCACUGCUGGAUGAGAAGCUUGCCUCAAAGUUUGUUAAUAGCAAUGAAAAACAACAUCUAUAUCGGGAAAUCGCAUCAGCAGCCGAAUCUGGUUGGGAUUUCAGUUCAAGAUGGAUGAGGGAUUCGACAGACUUAUCAACAUUGGCUACAACUUCAGUCUUGCCGGUUGAUCUCAAUGUAUUCAUACUUAAGAUGGAACUUGACAUUUCCAAUUUGGCAAGGGCUGCAGGAGAUUACCGCACGGCACAACACUUUUUUGAGGCUUCUCUAGUCAGAAAGAAGACAGUCAACUCUAUUUUCUGGAACCCAGAGAAGGGACAAUGGCUUGAUUAUUGGCUUGAUAAUGACUCAUACAAGGGUGCUCAUACAUGGGAUUCUAGAAACCAGAACCAUAACACAUAUGCUUCAAACUUCAUUCCAUUGUGGAUUGAAUCGUUCUACUCUGAUAGUAAACAGAUGAAGAAAGUCUUGAAAAGUAUACGGAACUCAGGCUUGUUGUGCAAUGCUGGAAUUGCAACUUCAAUGAUUAAUUCCGGAGAACAAUGGGAUUUCCCGAACGGUUGGGCACCAAUCCAACACAUGAUUGUCGAGGGACUGGCGAGGUCUGGAUUGAAAGAAGCAAGAGCAUUGGCCGAGGACAUUGUCGCGAGAUGGCUCCAAACCAACUAUGUAGCUUACAAGCACACAGGAUAUAUGCAUGAGAAAUAUGAUGUCCAAUCGUGUGGAGACUUUGGUGGAGGAGGUGAAUAUGUCCCUCAGACUGGUUUUGGAUGGUCGAAUGGAGUUGUUUUGGCAUUCCUUGAAGAGUUUGGAUGGCCUGAAGAUCAAAAGAUAGAUUGCUACUUAACUUCUUAA